AUGACUUCCUCGGAAGAAAUUGUAACAAGUCUUUCAAUAACUAAUCUACUUCUCUUCUCUCUUGUAAUUCUGAUCUUCAACAUCUUUCGCAAAAUAUGGUGGAUUCCUACUCGCCUUCAGAAUUUUAUGGCGUCGCAGGGAAUCAAAGGUCCUUCGUAUACACUCAUCCAUGGAAACACCAAACAAGUCGCCAACAUGUACAGGGAAGCCAUGAGCAAGCCCAUGUUAGAUUUUUCGCACGACAUAGUACCUGUAGUUCUACCUCAUGUCCAUGCAUGGAGCAACAUCUAUGGGAAGAAUUUUCUUCUGUGGCAAGGUACUCAAGCUCAGUUGGUUGUGACGGAACCUGAACUGUGCAAGGAGAUAUUCAACAACAAAGAUGGGGCUUAUCCGAAACCCACGUCCGAAAUUCCAAAAUUGCUACUUGGGAAUGGCCUUCCGUUGUUGGAAGGUGAGAAAUGGGCGAAAUCGCGAAAGCUAGCUAACCAUACCUUCCAUGGAGAGAGCUUAAAAAAUAUGAUUCCACAAAUGAUAGUCAGUGCUGAGACAAUGGUAGAAAGAUGGAAAAACCUUGGCCAAGAGAUUGAGGUGUUUCAAGAAUUUAGAUUGUUGACAGCAGAAGUGAUUUCUAGGACAGCAUUUGGCAGCAGUUACUUGCAAGGACAGCAAAUAUUUGAUAUGUUGAUGAAGUUAACCUCCUUAAUUUCCACCUUUGAUCUCAGACUCAAGCUUCCAAUCAUCAGCAAGUUUUUUAAGACGAGCGACGAGAUCGAAGCAGAGAAGCUUCAGAAAGGAAUCCGCAACUCUGUAAUGGAGAUUGUUAAGGAAAGAGAAGAGAAGGCAAUGAGUGGGGGAGAAGAGAGCUUUGGGAGUGAUUUUCUCGGCUCACUAUUAAAGGCUUAUCAUGAUACCAAUGACAAGCAGAGGUUUUCGAUAGAUGAUAUAGUUGAUGAGUGCAAAUCGUUUUACUUUGCUGGACAAGAGACUGUCAAUACUUUGCUUGCGUGGACUGUGUUUCUUCUGGCACACCAUACCGAAUGGCAAGAGGAAGCGAGAAAGGAAGUCCUGGAAAUUUUUGGGAAAGAAACUCCAAAUCCUAAUGACCUCUCCAAACUAAAAACAAUGAGCAUGAUCAUCAAUGAAGCCUUGAGGCUAUAUUCUCCCAUUCUUUACGUCACAAGGAACAUUGAAAGGAAAGUGAAACUCGGAAACCUCGUUGUUCCUGCUGAUGUUGAGUUACUCAUCCCAUUUCUAGCAAUACACCAUGACCUUCAAUUCUGGGGAGAAGACGCACAUCUUUUCAAACCAGAACGAUUCUCAGAAGGAGUUGCUAAAGCUACUAACAACAACAUGGCGACAUUCUUACCAUUUGGAAUGGGACCUAGGAAUUGUGUGGGACUUCACUUUGGCACCACUGAAGCCAAGAUUGCUCUUUCAAUGAUUCUACAACGCUACUCCUUUACCCUUUCCCCAGGUUAUGUUCACGCGCCAUCGAGGCAGCUGGCACUGCGCCCACGGCAUGGAGUUCAAGUAAUGCUACACUCGCUCUAG